AGUGACUCCAAGAGCGAAUAAAUCUGUUAUUCUAAACCUUUACAGAGCUAAGAAUUGGAGGAUAUUUUCACACUUUCCGCUGAUAACAAUCCGGAUGGUCCUUUUCCUCUUUGGCCUGCAGGACACGCAGAUGUGCUCACCCAAAAGCAGCAAUGGACCAGUUCACUGGCUUGACAGUAAGAGAAACAGUGGAGCAGGUCGCCACCUUGCUAAGCUGCCCUCCAUCCUCUGAGUGGGUGGCGGCGUUCUUGGACGACCAUGACGAGUUAAGACACCUCAGGGAGAACUUUCUGGUGCCCAAAAUAGCAGAUUUACCUCUCUCGGACAUGUCGCUGGUAGAUGGCACCAAAGACAGCAUCUACCUGGUGGGCAACUCGCUGGGCCUGCAGCCCAAAAUGGUCAAGAAGUACCUGGAGGAGGAGCUGGACAAGUGGGCCAAAACGGGCGUGCACGGCCAUAUGGAGGGCACACGACCUUGGGCCUGGGCUGAGAACAACCUGGAGGAGCUCAUGGCAAGAGUUGUCGGAGCGCAUCCGGAAGAGGUGGCUCUGAUGAACGGGUUGACGGUCAAUUUACACCUGCUGAUGCUUUCCUUCUACCAACCCACGGCUGCACGGCACAAGAUAGUUCUGGAAGACAAAGCCUUCCCUUCGGAUCACUACGCGGUCGAGUCUCAGAUCCGACUACGAGGAUUUGACCCCGAGCAGAGCAUGUUGCUGCUUAAACCCAGACCAGGGGAGGAGACUCUGCGAACAGAGGACAUCCUGGAUGUGAUCGAGAAAGAGAGUGCGUCCGUGGCUUUAGUGAUGCUUAGUGGAGUUCAGUACUACACUGGUCAGCUCUUCAACAUGGCCGCCAUCACCAAGGCCGCCCAGAACAAGGGCUGCUUGGUGGGCUUCGACUUGGCUCACGCAGCAGGAAACGUUGAGCUGAAGCUGCACGAUUGGGGAGUGGACUUUGCUUGCUGGUGCUCUUACAAGUAUUUGAACUCAGGUUGUGGUGGGAUUGCGGGAGCAUUCAUCCAUGAGAAAAAUCAAUACAUUAUCCAACCUGCGCUGACAGGGUGGUGGGGUCAUGACUUGAGAACUCGUUUCCAAAUGAACAAUGUGUUGGAGCUGCAGCCUGGAGUGAAAGGCUUCAGACUGUCCAACCAGCCCGUUCUUCUUGUGUGCCCCCUGCAGGCCAGUUUGGAGGUUUUCAACAUGACCAGCAUGCAGGUGCUACGCAGGAAGUCCGUGCUGCUAACAGGCUACUUAGAGUACCUAAUUGCCCACUACUAUAGCGAGGAUCCCUCCCACCCUUGCAAACCUCAUGUGCGCAUCAUCACGCCCUCUGACCCACAGCAGAGAGGUUGCCAGCUGUCACUCUGCUUCUCCAUGCCCAUCGAGAAAGUCUUCCAGGAGUUGGAGAAGAGGGGUGUGGUUGUCACUGAUGGUGUAAUGGUCCAUUCGCUUGAUUUCGGUGCAGGCAGCGUGGGUUCAGUGACGGUGUGAAUGUGAGUGCGAAUGGUUGUCCGUGUCUACAUGUGCCCUGUGACUGAGUGGCGACCAGUUCAAGGUGUAGUCCACCUUUCACCUGAAGUUACCUAGGAUAGGCCUCAGUGCCCCGUGACCCUGAACAAGAUAAGCAGUAUUGAGAAUGGAUGAAUAGAUUCUUUAACAUACUAGUAGAGGGAGCUACCAUCUCUAAUUGUAUGCAUGCUAAACUUUGAG